AUGUUCAAAAACAGGAAAUGUAAUAAUCGAGAAUACGAUUCUGUUCAACUUUCAUUUUUGUUUUGUGAAAAUAUUUGUUACAAUAAGAAUAUAAAAAUGCCAAAAGCAAAUAAAACACUGCAGAAAAAAAACAGCGAGGGAAACCCAGGCAAUGUUUUUUCGUUGGAAGAAGAAGUUGGAAAAAACAUGAGAGAUGCAGGAUACGAUGGCAGCCUGUUCAUUUCUGCACUAAAAGAUGCCGUAAAAAUUAGAAAGAAAAGAUCGAAAACACCAAGAAAAAUUCGAUUUUCUUUUUAUUGCUAUUGGGCUAGAAACCUCUUGAGAAAAGAAGUAGGACCGGAAAAUCCCGAGUAUUCAUUUCCACCCUCGAUACUAUCCUAUCUUCGAUCCCUCUGUCCAGGAGAUAUAGUAGGCGAAUUUAGAGAGAACGCAUACAAAGUUUCAAUGACAGAAUUCUGCGAUUCUUUAGAACUUCCCCUAAUAACAGUAUGAAAUAUAAAAAAAUAUAUAUAAAAAAUAGGUUACUUUUCAAACAUGAAAAAUAUAAAAUACAUAAA